CGAUUUUCGCAGGGUACUGAGCUACGCAAGACGUCGAGCAGCUGCUGCGGGGAGUGCGUGCGGACGCACUGCCAGCACAACAAUACCCUGUACGCGGUGGGCGAGUCGUGGCAUAACGAUGCCGACUGCACGCUGCUCGAGUGCGCGCGUCGGGACAAUGGCGAGAUAAUAAUCAAUAGCUAUAGGCGCACCUGUCCGCCGAUCGAUCCGAGCUGCCCGGCCGAGCGCAUCUACAGGAAUAGCUGUUGCUUCGUCUGCCGCCCGUUGGCCACGUCGCGGAUCGAGCAGCUGGACGAUGUCGAGGUGACCUCAGAUAUCUGGACAGCCGAGUGGUAUCGCCAGCAUUCGUGCCUGCGCGACUGUCAAGCCGGCGCCCCGCCCAUGACGUGCCACUACACAUUCGUGGUCGAAUGGUAUCAGACCUUCUCGAAGGCCUGCUACGACUGCCCACUGAAUCUGACCGAUUGCGAGCGGCCGCACUGCAUCAUGGGCGAUGGACUGCAGCGCAGCAUCACCGUGGUCAAUCGCAUGAUGCCCGGUCCGGCCAUAGAGGUAUGCGAGGGCGAUCAGAUUGUCGUCGAUGUCAAGAAUAAUCUGUUGGGCGAGAGCACCACGAUCCACUGGCAUGGCUUGCACCAGAAGAAGACGCCCUAUAUGGAUGGCGUGCCGCACAUCACUCAGUGUCCCAUCUCGCCGCAUGCCACAUUCCGCUACAGCUUUCCGGCUGACAACUCCGGCACGCAUUUCUGGCAUUCGCAUACGGGCAUGCAGCGUGGCGACGGCGUCUUCGGGCCACUCAUCAUACGUCGGCCCAAGCAGACGGAGCCACACGGCGGCCUCUACGACUUUGAUCUCAGCGAACAUGUGCUGGUGGUGCAGGACUGGAUACACGAUACGGGCGCCAGCAUCUUUGCCUUUCACCAUCAUUCCAGCGGCGACAAUAAGCCGCACAAUAUACUCAUCAAUGGGCGUGGCAGGUACUACAAUCGCAUCUGGGCGGACAUGAAGCGACAGCAUCGCAUGGCGACGAAUGCAGCGACGACAGAGGAGCCAGAGGCUGGUAGCGAUGAGCCUACUGCCAAGGCUUCAGCUUCGGGUUGGGACACGGGAUCAGCUUCAGCUUCAGUUUCGGGCUCAACUUCAACUUUCACUCCAAACUCGGCAUCAGCUUCGGCUUCGGCUUCAACUUCCGCUCCAGCUUCAGGCAGAUCGCCUCAGCUCAAAUCAGCUCGCCUUAACGUAAAGACUACUGAUGCGUUCAAUAAUGAAGAAAAGAUGUUAAGGGAGGAUUCGGAAAAUCUAGCAACCACAACUGCUCCAGCAGCCACGCCAUCAAAUCUCAUCCAACUGCUCUCCAGCGAGCCAUUGCAGCCGCCGCGCAACAGCAGCGAGUCGUCGGCCGCAACAGUGGUUCAUUCGCGUCCACGUCGUGGGAAUCUGCAGGAGAUCCCAUUGGAGCAGAUACCGCAUCAGGUGUAUCACGUGAAGCGCGGCUUUCGAUAUCGCUUUCGCAUUGUGAACGCCGAGUAUCUGAACUGCCCCAUUGUGGUGUCUGUGGAUGACCACAUGCUGACCGCCAUCAAUUCGGAUGGCUAUGACAUUGAGGCCAUGGAGGUGGGCUCCAUUGUCACCUACUCGGGCGAACGUUUCGACUUUGUGCUGAAUGCCAAUCAGGCGGUGAACAACUAUUGGAUUCGCCUCAAGGGUCUGAUGGACUGCAGCGAGCGGUUUACGUCCGCCUUCCAGGUGGCCAUAUUGCGCUAUGAAGGUGCGCCCGAGGCGGAGCCAAGCGCGGAGCUGCGCUACGAUCACAAUGCGACGGGCAUUGAGCUGAAUGUGAUGAAUCGCGGGCCGGGCUACCCGGAUACCAAGACCGUGGCCGAGAUGCGAGCCUUGCCCAUAUACGACUCCGUCUCGGGCAUCGACGAUGACACCCUGAAGCCGGAGGCCGACUACAAAUUCUUUGUCUACUACGACUUCUAUCGCAAAGACAAUCCGGAAUUCCAUCACAGCGACUACUACAGCAUGGCUGACAAUGUGUCCAGGGAGAACAUGUUGUACACGCCGCAGCUGAAUCACAUCUCGCUCAAGUUCCCAUCGGUGGCUCUGCUGCCGCAACGUCAUCAGCUGAGCGACGCGCUCUUCUGCAAUGAGACGACGCUCGCCCAGCAGGGCAUCGAUUGCCGCGAGCAGUUCUGCAAGUGCCAUCACGUGCUUCAGGUGCCACUGAAUGCGGUCGUCGAGCUGAUCAUCGUCGACGAGGGCUUCACGUUCUAUGCCAAUCACCCGUUCCAUCUGCAUGGCAACGCGUUUCGCGUCAUCGGGCUGGAGCGUCUGGGCGAGAAUGUGACAAUUGAAAUGAUCAAGCAGUUGGAUCAGUUUAAGCUGCUCAGGCGCAACCUGAUCAAUCCUCCGGUCAAGGACACGGUCACCGUGCCCGAUGGCGGCUACACGAUCAUACGCUUCGAGGCCUACAAUCCCGGCUAUUGGCUCUUCCACUGUCACAUUGAGUUCCAUGCGGAAAUCGGCAUGGCUCUGGUGCUCAAAGUGGGCGACGAUGAUAAAAUGGUGCCGGUGCCGCAUAAUUUUCCCACCUGCGGUGAUUAUAUGCCCGAUGGACGGGAGGAGACGUCGUCGACAGUUGAUACAUCCGAAAGCCCACCGACUCGAGUGCCACCAACAAAGGACAUAUCGGCUAGGCAUUUGGCAACGGCUCUGCCCUUACUUGCUCUCAUUUUACACCAACUAUAGGGGAUCCCCAUUCACUAACCCAAUGCUAUCAUGACACUGGUUCUGUUUUUACGUCACCUUAAAUCACAAUUUCAAACUAAUUGCCAUUCAGAUUAGCUUCUUGAACAGCAGAUCAAUAUCCAUUGCCUGUUAAAUUUAACAGUCAUUUAACAUUCACUUUAUCUAUGUGUCUGAAUUUCAU